GACAGAGAGAGACACCGGCCAGAGGAGAGACACCAACCAAGAAGAGACAGGAAAGAGAGGAAAGAAGACGGUGUUAGAUGGCGUUCAAUCGAGAGAAAAAGAGACUAGUUAGAAAAAGAUGAGGAACUGAGAAGACAGGAUACUGUGAAAAAACCCGGAUAACCCACUAACCAGGUUUAGAGACAUUGGCAUGAGGAACCACCUGGAGAUAUAAGGAGAAAGAGAAGAGAGCGUUACUGUGAAAAAACAACUACAACUGGUAGACAAGAGAAAGAGAGGCACUUCAGAUGCUCUUUGUGAGGACUGAGUUACACUGAGACUAACAGACCAAACAACCAGCUAACCAACUCACCAUCCUACCGACACCGGCUAACUGACCAACUGACUAACCAACCCACCAACCCAAACGAUAAUCUCUGCACAGUAUGCGCCUCUUCAACAAGGACCUGAGGCUGCAGGACGUGACUCUGAUGUACCUGACCGUCUUAACCACCCUGGUGGUGAUCCUGGUAGCCUCCUACCAGGUAGAUCCUGCUGCCAGCCCCUCCAGGGGAGGAUCCACCCCAACCUCCACCUCCACCCCGGUGCAGCUGCCCUACCACAUGCCCCUGGACCCCCGCGGACACCUCCAGCUCUCUUGGAACAUCUCCUACCCCCUCCAGGAGCUGUACCUGGAGGUGCGCUGCAGCGAGAUGAAACACGGCCUGGUUCUGGGGAUGUCCGACCGCGGGGAGCUCACCAACGCUGAUCUGGUGGUCCUCUGGGACGACGGCCACCAGUCCUUCUUUGGGGAUGCGUGGAGUGACAGUCAGGGUCAUGUGAGUCUGGACAGCCAACAGGACUACCAGCUGAUGGACACCAGGCAGACACCUGAGGGAUUCACCCUGCUGUUCAAGAGACCCUUCAGCACAUGCGACCCCAGAGAUUACAUCAUAGAGGAGGGUACCGUACACCUGAUCUACGGAGUGUUGGAUCAGCCAAUCCGCUCGCUCCAGCAGCUCAACCUGUCCCAGAUUGAGACGGGAGUGCAGAGGGCCCUCCUGCUGCGCCCAGACACCCCGUCCCCCUCCCUGCCCCGAGACGUACAGACCCUGGAGGUCCGGACCCCCGACAUCACCAUCCCCACCCAGGAGACCACCUACUGGUGCCACAUCUUCCAACUGCCACCCAACAUGCCCAAGAACCACAUCGUCAUGUAUGAGUCGGUGGUAACCCCUGGUAACGAGGCCGUAGUGCACCACAUGGAGGUGUUUGAGUGUUCUCCUGAGAUGAGUACAGUUCCACAGUACAGCGGAUCCUGUGACUCCAAGAUGAAGCCCGCCAGCCUCAACUACUGUCGCCAUGUUCUGGCGGCCUGGGCUAUGGGGGCUAAGUCUUUCUACUACCCAACUGAUGCAGGGCUGCCUCUAGGAGGACCAGCGUCUUCCAGGUUUCUUCGACUAGAGGUGCACUACCACAACCCACUCCUCAUAUCAGGUCGUAAGGACAACUCUGGGGUGCGUCUCUACCACACCCCCAGCUUAAGGAGGUACGACGCGGGCAUCAUGGAGCUCGGGCUGGUCUACACCCCGGUCAUGGCCAUACCACCCAGAGAACAGAACUUCCAUCUCACAGGAUUCUGCACGUCCAAGUGUACACAGACUGCCCUUCCUCCAGGGGGGAUCAACAUCUUUGCGUCCCAGCUGCACACUCACUUGGCGGGGAGAGGGGUGAGGACGGUCCUGGUGAGGGGUGGAAGAGAGGUGAAGGUGGUACAGGAGGAUAAGCAUUUCAGCACCCACUAUCAGAUAAUCAGAAUGCUGAGGACGAUGGUGACAGUGCUGCCUGGUGACGUCCUCUUGACAAAGUGUACAUACAACACAGAGGACAGGAGCCAGCCUACAGUGGGAGGCUUUGGGAUCAUGGAGGAGAUGUGUGUGAACUAUGUACACUACUACCCCAGAACUCAACUAGAGCUCUGUAAGAGUAACGUUGACCCUGGAUACCUGCAGAAGUACUUCAGCUUCAUCAACAGAUUCCAGGGUGGUGAUGCGUGUAGCUGUGGUCAGACCAGUGUGACGGACCAGUUCUCCUCUUUGUCCUGGGACUCCUUCAGUGGAGAGGUGCUGAACUCUCUCUACAACACCGCUCCCAUCUCCAUGGCCUGUAACCAGUCCUCUGCCAAGCUCUUCCCUGGCGACUGGGAAAGGCAGGAGCUUCCUGUUGUGACAUCACAGCUCCAGAGGCCCCGCUACCCGUGUGAGGGGGGCAAGCUGCCCUCCCAGAGCAGUGAGCCCACCGUGGUGCAGCCUGACAGGGGCGAGGAGGUCUGACGCCUCUCUCCUCUGUCUGAAUAUCAACCCCCCUCCUUCUCUUUAUCUCUCUGGUGAUCUACUUCACCUCAUCAACAACACAAGGACUAGCAUGAUAUCAGCUCUGUCAUCAUUACAUUCCAGAAUUAUUACACAGUGAAUUAAAACAACAUACUCCAACAUCUCAUUGGACAAUACAUAUCUGGUGAGAAUCUUAAAACGUUGUCACAUUGAUGGGUGAAGAUACUGGUGGAUAAAUAUGAAGCUUGAUUUUACUGGUCGUCGUGGUUUAUCAUUUUAAGCUGUAUGUUAAUCAGUGACAUCAAGAACUGCAUAUCAAUGAUACAUGUUAAAGUCUUCUAAACCUGUCACUUAAUUGAUUUGGACAUAUAGGACCAGUUUCCCAGAGGCAGAUUAAGCCCAGUUCUUAGUCACAUGCUAAACGAAUCACAUUAUUGUCGAUCCCAAAGAAAGAAUUCCUGCAUUGCUUUUGAAAUGAAUCAAUAAAGUGUAUUGAAGAAUUCACAGACAAGCAGUUCUACCUUUUGUUUUAUACAGGCAAGUAAUUAUCUUUCGUUAAUUCAUUAUCAUUGACUCCAAUACACUGGGUAUUCAGUUCUGCAAUUAACAUAGCGCAGUAUACAACACUAAUAUGAACAAAACAGCUAAAUUAAACCAAUGGGAUCAUUUAACAUGCUCACAUAUAGAGUUCCACAGUAAGAGUCAUAAUACCCAUAAAACCUAGCGGUAAAACAGGGAAAUGGUGCCAAUCGUUUUUCCACCAUACAUUUUUCCCAUAGGGGAUUUUAGAAAUAGUUCAAAUAAGGGCUGUGUUUUGUGUAGGCUUACCCUGGCGUGACGUUUUGAUAACCGUGUAUAUCCUUCUAGGAUAAGGUGGUCGGCAGGGUAAAUGUCCUUUACGCAGUUGUUUGAGGGGUCAAAGUGCAACUUGAGGUGUGCCUUAGCCUCAAAUACCACUCCGAUUCCCUCCAGAGUGAACUUCUCAAUCUUUAAAAAGUCAGCAUUGACCAGAGAGAGAGAGCGAGAGAGAGAGAGAACACACAAACAUGGUUAAACAACACCUCUGAGGCUUGAUUGCGAUGUACAGGCAGAACUUAACCUCCUGCAGGUUAGCGCUGGAUGUCUUAAAAUGCUACAAACAGGAGAUUACAUUCCCUCCUGGCUAAACUUAGCUUGAUUGCUAGGAAAAACCUACAAGGAUAAACCAUCAGAUUAGUUGAUCUCCUGUUGUUACCGUGUCAAGUGACUACGAUACCUGACAGCUGGUCUAGAUUCUCUACUCUCGCCCCCAAUGAAAUAUCAACCCAUCAGGAGCAGGUGAAACCGUAAGGCUGAUCAAUCAAUCAAAUGUGUUGUCAUCUGUUGCUGCUUUGCUAUGUUGUCUCUCUUGUUGGGAUGUGUGUUUUGUCCUAUAUUUAUAUUGUAUUUAUUAUAAUUAAUUGUUUUAAUCCCAGGCCCCUGUCCCCGCAGGAGGCCUUUUGCCUUUUGGUAGGCCGUCAUUGUAAAUAAGAAUGUA